CACGCAUUCUCGUGAUACUCUACGAGACGUGUCAUUCCCUGGCGAGAUCUCCAAGAUAGGGUUGAACUAAGGUCAGACAGAAGCUCGACAGCAAACAUGGCUCUACAAAACUGUGCAAAAUCCUUGGUUAGCGCCGCUUUCAAACAUCACCAUGCAAAAGGAGUGAUUUAUCAAUCAUCCACAAGAGCUAGUUCUAUAUGGAGCAAUGUUGAAAUGGGACCACCUGACGCAAUUCUUGGUGUAUCUGAAGCCUUCAAGAAAGAUAAAAGUCCCAACAAAAUGAAUUUGGGUGUUGGUGCUUAUCGUGAUGAUAAUGGCAAGCCAUAUGUUUUGCCGAGUGUUCGUAAGGCUGAAGACAUAAUUCGAUCUAAGAACUUGGACAAAGAAUAUCUAGGUAUAACUGGUCUGGCAGAAUUUACCAAGGCUUCCGCUAUUCUGGCAUUUGGUGACAACUGUGAUGCUAUCAAAAAUAAAAGGAACGUCACAGCUCAGGGAAUAUCUGGUACUGGGUCCUUGCGUAUUGGAGCUAAUUUCUUGAGCAAGUUCUACCCAGGUGUCAAGGAGGUUUGGUUACCAAAACCUUCAUGGGGCAACCACACCCCAAUCUUCAAACAUGCUGGAAUCGAGGUAAAACAAUACCGUUACUAUGAUCCCUCCACGUGUGGAUUUGAUGCCAAGGGAGCAUAUGAAGAUAUUUCUAAAAUUCCAGAAAACUCAAUUAUUUUACUGCAUGCUUGUGCACACAACCCAACUGGUGUUGACCCUAAACCUGACCAGUGGAAAGAGCUGUCCCAAAUCAUCAAGUCUCGCAAACUGUUCCCCUUCUUUGACAUGGCUUAUCAAGGUUUUGCAAGUGGUAAUAUUGACAAUGAUGCCGCAGCUGUGAGAAUGUUUGUAAACGAAGGUCAUAACAUUGCCUUAGCACAAUCUUAUGCUAAAAACAUGGGAUUGUAUGGUGAACGUGUGGGUGCUUUUACACUCAUCUGCGAGUCUGAGGAAGAAGCUAAACGUUGUGAAUCUCAGCUCAAGAUCAUCAUUCGACCAAUGUACUCAAAUCCCCCACUCAGUGGACCAAGAAUUGCUUCUACCAUUCUAAAUACGGCUGAACUAAGGAGCCAGUGGUUGACAGAGGUCAAAGGCAUGGCUGAUAGAAUCAUCACUAUGCGUUCACAGUUGGUUGAAAAUCUGAAAAAAGAAGGUUCCUCUCACAAUUGGCAACAUAUUACAGACCAGAUUGGCAUGUUUUGUUUCACCGGACUCAAACCUGAUCAGGUUGCACGCAUCACUGAAGAAUUCUCUGUAUACCUAACAAAAGAUGGCAGAAUCUCUGUAGCUGGUAUCUCAUCAAAGAACAAUGCAUACCUUGCACAUGCCAUCCACACUGUAUCCAAGUAAAGAUGAUGGUUUAAAUGAGUUUUUUUUUUAUCCAUGUCAGCUUUGAUUUGCACAUUUAAAGUCUGCAUAUGCUUUCAAGUGAUUGUGUGUACAAAAAUGAAGCCUGGCUACAUUACUGAUUUAUUUAUAGUCAAGUUUGAUGAUUGUGAUUCCAAUGACUAAUAUAUAGUAUUUAAUUAAAUGGUCAUUAGUGCAAAUAUUUUUAUAUGUAUUCACAUUGAGCUUGUAGUACCUAUAAUUAAUCUGCGUGAUCCAAUGAUCAGUAGUGUUUGUCCAGGAAAUGUGUGUACUUGCUCUUCUAGCCAGCCAGUCUAGUCUUCAUUUACUUAUUUUAUUUGUACAGUUUUAGAGUUUGUUUUGAAACUGGCAAUGCACAUAAGUGCAUAUGUAUUAUAACUCACUUAGUAUGGUGUAAAUUUCUCAGUGUAGAGCUCAUUUAAUUCAACCAGCAAUUGACAUGUUUGGCAGAGAUAAAUUAAUAAUUCAUUCACCUAGACUUGACUAAAGAGAAAACAAAAAUUGUCAUGGCCGCCAUUUUGAUAUGAGAAUGAGGCUACUGUGUGAUGGCUGCCAUUUUGAUAUGAGAAUGAGGCUACUGUGUCAUGGCUGCCAUUUUGAUAUGAGAAUGAGGCUACUGUGUCAUGGCUGCCAUUUUGAUAUGAGAAUGAGGCUACUGUCAUGGCCGCCAUUUUGAUAUGAGAAUGAGGCUGGUAUAUCAAUCGCCCACAAGAUGCACUUUGUUAUGGUGUUCUAUUGUAUUUCACUUUCCACUUGUGCAUCGGUUCUAGCAUUAAUAUUUUAAGAAUAUAAUGUCAUUUUCAAGAAUGCUUUAAACAUAAUUGUUUUGAUGGAUUGUUUGUAACAAGUAAAACUACUACUAGCAGCAGCUGAAAAACUCUCUUGGCAAUAAAUCGAGUAAAACCUAAAA